GUUUUGCAUUCUCUCUCUCUCUCUCUAAAUUACAUAUUCAUUCAGUCAAGUGGUGAAAGCCAGAGGUAGAUCAUGGAAAAAUCACACCCAGUGGAGGCCUUUGGAUGGGCAGCAAGAGACACAUCUGGUGUCCUCUCUCCUUUCCAAUUUUCCAGAAGAGCAACUGGAGAAAAAGAUGUGGCGUUUAAGGUGUUGUAUUGUGGGAUCUGUCACUCCGACCUUCAUGCAAUCAAAAAUGAAUGGGGCAACACCAGCUAUCCUUGCCUUCCUGGGCAUGAGAUUGUGGGUGUAGUAACUGAGGUAGGUAGCAAGGUACAAAAAUUUAAAGUUGGAGACAAAGUUGGGGUGGGAUGUAUGGUUGGAUCAUGUCACUCCUGCGACAGUUGUGGUAACGAUCUUGAAAACUACUGUCCCAAACUAUUACUCACCUACAAUUCCACAUACUAUGAUGGAACUCCAACCUAUGGAGGUUACUCUGACAUCAUGGUGGCUGAUGAGCACUUUGUGAUUCGCAUCCCUGACAACCUUCCUCUUGAUGCUUGUGCUCCUCUUCUUUGUGCUGGGAUCACAACUUAUAGCCCUCUAAGAUACUUUGGACUAGACAAGCCUGGUAUCCAUGUGGGUGUGGUUGGUCUUGGUGGGCUUGGCCAUGCAGCUGUGAAAUUUGCCAAGGCUUUGGGUGUUAAAGUAACAGUGAUCAGUACUUCUCCUGCCAAGAAGAAGGAAGCUGUUGAAAGGCUUGGUGUAGAUUCAUUUUUAGUUAGUCAUGACCCAGAUCAGAUGCAGGUUGCUAUGGGCACGAUGGAUGGUAUUAUAGAUACUGUUUCUGCACCUCACCCUCUCCUACCAUUAAUUGGUCUGUUGAAGUCUCAUGGAAAGCUUGUCUUGGUUGGUGUACCAGAGAAGCCACUUGAGCUUCCAGUCUUUCCCUUGAUCAUGGGGAGGAAGAUAGUGGCUGGGAGUGGCAUUGGAGGCAUAAAAGAGACGCAAGAGAUGAUAGAUUUUGCAGCAAAACACAACAUAACGGCUGACAUCGAGGUGAUACCAAUGGACUACGUGAACACUGCAAUGAAGCGUCUUGCGAAAGCCGAUGUUAGAUAUCGAUUCGUGAUUGAUAUAGGGAAUACAUUAAAAAUCACUUAAUCUUCUUGACACUUGACUUUGAAUUUUACUUUUAUUUUAGAAGUGUGUCAUGUUGUUGGAUAUAGAUAUGCAGAGAUUUUAGAGUCUUGAAGUUUUAAACUUAAUUUGCCUUGUAUUGCUGUUGUUGGGAUUUACUUCUUGGCACUCAAAUUUUCAACAAUGUAUUAAGUACCAUAUUCAAUAAACUAUAUAUUGUUAAUUUUGUCAGAA